UACAAAAAUAGAGUCAUAUGCGGCCACUCAAAAUUGUCCCGAUUAUUCACUUAGACAUCUCAACUAGACGUACUACCUAUUGAACACCUCAACUAUCCAAAUUUGAACCGUAAAACCAUUUUUUUUCCUACAUGGCAAAUCGUUUGUGAUUCACGCAAAUGGAGCGCGUGAAUUUGUUUUUUUCUCAUUUUUUACACUGCCUACAUGGCAGCAACGUUAACAUUACACUUCAAUGUUAAAGUUGAAGUGAAAUCCCCAAUUCUCUUCCCCAAAAUCCUCUUCCCCAAUUUCUCUUCCCCAAAAUCCAUUUAGAACCCUAAAUCUCGAAUUCUCUCUUCUACUUCUAAAUCUCCAAGUUUCUCUCUUCUUCUCUAAAUCAAUUCUCUUUUAUCAAAUGUCGCAAAUUUCAGUAAAUAUCGAUGAAGUUGAUAUAUGCAAGUGUGGUUAUUAUUGUCGACUGAAAACUUCGAGGACUCCUUUGAACCCAGGUCGUCGAUUUUUUGGAUGCAAAUCAUCAAAGGAAAAUGGUGGAUGUGGAUAUUUUAGAUGGAUUGAUCCGUCGCUUGAAAAUGUUGAUGAAUCAUCCUCAAUGAAUAGACUCAUAGACGGUCAAAAUCCGAUUGAUCGACUAAAGAGAAAAGUGAAAGAGCUUGAAGAAGAAAAAGAUUCUUUGAAAUUUCAAUUGAAUGAAAGUGAAGUGAAAUUGAUGGUAUUGAACAAGAAGCUUAAGGAAGUUAAACUCCAAAGGGAUUGGGAAAAUGUCAAAUUUAAUCGAAUUGUGAUUGUUUUUCUUUGUCUACUAACUAUUAAAUGGUUCUUUAAUAUUUUGUAGUUGAUAGUAGUUCAGGAUUGUAAUACUUAAUUGUUUAGUUUUGCAGUAGUUAGGUAGUUAUUCUAGAUCAAUUAGUGAUGUUUUAAUUGGUAU